GAAGUUAUGACGUUUCUUAUAGCCUGGGUUCAGUAAUGUCGCCAGUAUUUAAUAUAAGUUUUAUGAAAUGAAAUAAUCAAUCAUCUGAUGUGGAUGUGUCGCUUUGAUCCGAGGGUCCACUCAUUGGUGCUCCUGUGAAGGUAGGUCGCCUGUUCAUUGACGCCGGUGACGCUGUGCAGCUUUGAAAGCAUGUUUGAUGUUGUCUGCAGUCACAGAGAUGACAGUCAUGCUGCAGGUAAUCAGCUGUUUUUGCAUUAAUAUAUCUAUAUAUAUAUAACUAUAAAAGCUAUCUAUGUUUCCUGAGUUGAGUCCUAUUUAAAGCUUGCCUGAGUGCGAUACUUGUUCAUCAAAAUAAGUCUUUAGCAGUGUAAGUCAGUGCAGCAGCUCCAGUCACCUCUGCGAUUGAGCUGUUAUUUAAAUAAUAAUCAUCAGGUGUGUAUCAAUGUUUUAGAGAUAUUGUACACUGUAUCAUAUUUAAGGGAUGAUGCAUAUUAGGUUAUUAAACGAAAUGUAAUUUGGACUAGAUAUCUUUUUUUUUUUUUUAGAUGCCAAUUGCAACACCGAUAGCCUACUGUAAGAGCAGGUUAAUCGAUAUAUUAUUCAGAUGUCACACUGAUAUUUGCAUUUGACAAUAUACAACAAUUUGUUUAUAUUUUAAAAAUUAGGAAGAAACUAGCUAAACUUGAGUGAAUUCUUUCAUUAAGUAAAUGUGGACAGAAAAGUUUAAGUGAAGUUUUGUCAGAAGAGACUUUGUCAUUACUGUCCAGCUGUUUGAAAUUAUUGAUGAAGAAUGAAGUUAAUAUUUGGGUUAAAAUAAAAAGCAAAAAACGUCAAAUAAAGAUUGAUCAUUGCUUAUGGGAAAAAAAUGGGACUAAUGCUGAUAUAAUGCAGAUUCUGUCUCAGCAGACUGAUAAAUUGGUUCAUUUUUAAUUUUGGCAGGUUGACACGAAACCACAGCGCCAACCGGGAGAGUCUUGUUUCACUCUGAAAGGAUUGUUUUGCAUAACCACAGGCUAACUAUAAAAUAACAUUUGUAUUACUUAGCUACCAUUUAUAGUCAAGACCACCAAGUGGUGAUCUAAAAAUUAUUUUUACAUUUUUUUAAUGGUUAAUCACAACUUUAGAUAAAGGUCCUACAGAUUUGAUAGUCAUGAGAUCUUCCGUGGCAACACUGAUCUUAUUGGCCUACUCGUGGAUCAAAUUUACAUUAAAACAAUCCAACACAGCCCAAUAAUAAACAAGAAAGUCUAGGCAUAUUGUAUCAAAUUGCAUCAUAUUAUUUUGUUUCAGAUCUGAUUGUAUUAUAUCCCAUUGAAUUGUAUCAUAUCCUGUCACAUCACAGGCUACUUGGUAACCCUCGACCCGAGGUUUCACAUGAUAAGAAGUUAGAGAUCAUUUUCACUUAGGUUUCACAACAAAAAUUAGUGAUGUUGGUUCAGAUUUGAUUCUUCAUACAAUUGUAUUUGGCAAAGGUUUAGAUUUUUCUCAAAUGAAAAACCACAAGCAAAGUUUUUUUUAAAUUUUACUCACCCCCUAUUUCAACAUCUAUCUCUUUUUAACCCCUCUCCAGUGAUGAGUCCUGCUGUCAUGCCUCCAACCAUGACUCAGAUCAGUGAUCCAAAGAUUGCGUUUGCGUACCUGCGCCCGGCCUGUGUCCUGCUCACUCAGCAGCCCACAGUGGCCAACGUGGAGACACUGAGCACCCAGCUGAAAGAAGUCAAUGAUGCCACACUGCAGCAGCUCCAAGACUACGUCCUCUUCCCUCUCAGAUUUGUUCUUAAAGUUCCCGGACCAAAGAAAGAAAAACUGGUCCAGACUGUGGCUGAGACCAUCAGCUAUGUCCUUGAAAACACUUGUGUCCAGAACUGGGACACCCUUCAUGACCUCUUCUCAGAGCUUUGUCUCUGCCUGUGUUCCCCAACUGACCCUGGAAAACCUGCAGAUCUGUCAGAGGAGCUGCAGUCAGCUGUUCUGAGGUGCCUGGAAACACUGCUUCAUGCUGCGUAUGGUGACAUAGUCUUUAGACUCUUUGAGCCUGUUAUGCUGCCUGGACUGGGAGCUGCUGUAUCCCUGCUGCUGGCUUUAGCUCAGAAGUCCAAAUCAAGAGAGAUCCAGGUGUCAGCGCUGAAGUGCAUCCAGUCUUUGGCUCUGCAGUGUGACUGCAAACAGGAUCACAUUGUUCCAUCCUCAGAGGAGAGACGUGUUGUAGGCAGCUUCAUGGCAUCUUUCUUACCUGGGAUCACAGUGGCUGUGACUAAGAUCAUUACAGGAGAUCUGAGGCAAGGCCACACAGUUACAGUCAGGGCCAUUAAGGUACUGUACACCUGUGUUUGUUUGUAUUUUAUUGUGAAAUUAAUGGAGUAGAAGAGAGUUGUGCCUAAACAAGUUUACUAUUUAAUUUUUUAAUAGCUAUUAAUCAUACAGUUGGUCUCCAUAUUGUGUGUCUGUGCUUAUAAAAGUUUGUGCUAUGAUGUAGACCUGAUGUAACCAGCAUGAAAUAAGGUUUUUGACUCAUUUAACAGGUAAAAUGACACAUUCAAGGGCAAACAAGACCAGCAGCAACAAGAUUUUCAUCUUCUAUAUUGUAAUGUUAAUGCCAAUGCCAGGAAGGAGGUGUAAUGUGGGAAGAUUGAUAGCACAUUCAUUGAGGACAUGCCCUAUCUUUUUCUUUUUAGCAUCAAAUGUUUGAUUUGACUGUUUAAAGAAAACAGGAUGAGAUUUGUCAUAAAAAACUAGCUUUCCACUGCAGAGCCAUCUAUGUUUUUAAUGCAGUGCCACUUAAGGGCCCAAAGAUCACAGCCAUCCAGUACUAGUUUUUGGCCUGGUCCUUUUUGCACAGAAAUUUCUCCAAAUUCUUUGAACCUUUUGAUCAUAUUUUGUUAAAAUUUACAAAAUUUUUGUGAUUUUAUGCAGAGGAACUUUUUUUGUUUGAAGUUCUUCAAGUGUUUCCAGUCUCUCACAAAGAGGGGAACUUUCACUAUAUUGUCUUAACACAAAUUUUUAAUUGAAUAUUCAGUGUGAUUGACACACAAACCCUUCAAACCAUUUUUUUUCAGAACUUUACACAGUUUUCUCACUUUUUUGAACAGUCAUUUCUUUUUCCUGGUAUCAUUUCUCAGGUUUGGUCCACGACUGUGGGGCUUGUCAUGGAGGAUGCCCAGCUUCAGGCUCCUGAGCCCCAGAAAACCCAUCCAUCAGGCCUGGGAAGAAUUGCUCAGCUGGUGGUUCAUCGGACACAGGAGUGGGCGAAGAGCACAGCAGGAAAACUGUGUGUGCUGCUGAAGAAGAUCAUCGCCUGCACCUCAGCCCACCAGCACUGGAGGGUCAGACUGGAGAUGGUGGAGCUGGGGGACCACUUGCUGGACAGGUGUAGCCAGUCACUGAAAGAGUGUGUGGGACCCCUGCUGGAGGCGCUAGUGGGAGCAGUCAAUGAUGAGGAGCCCAGAGUCAGAGAGAGGUGAGGAGGGAAGAGGGUUUUGUCAGGAAUAAAUGAAAGUCUGGACUGCUUGAUGAAAAGGUGUCUGAAGAAAUCUCCUCUGCUGCAGGUGUGAGGUCGCUCUCAGCGCCGUGUCACAGAGGAAUCAGAGCGAUGAUAAAAGCAGCAGAGCUCAGACCUUCACUGAUGUGCUCUCAGAGAACCUCCACUCUAUGGCCACCUCGCUACCCAGACUGAUGAGGACCUCUGACGACCAGAAGAAGCUGUUUAUCCUCAAAGUGUUUCUGGGUUAUUUGAAACUGCUCGGACCGCUGGUCUCUAUGGUGCUAAACUCAGCUACACAUCUAGACAGGAUCUCCAAAGCAUUAAUGCAGGUACAACUUUUUUUUUUCCAGUGACACAAAUAAUAUUCUUUGUUACUUUUAAAAAUGGUUUCAUGUAGGGCUGUUUUGAAAUGAAUGAUAUGCCAGCUGUUUGAGACGGAAUUUAAAUUCAGACUAGGUAAAAAAAAAAGAGCGCAGAAAAAAGGUCAAACCUGAGCACAGUUUAUUAAACACAGCUAAACUGUCAGCUGUGCUUGUUUGUAUCCAGGUAGUCGAGCAUUUUAGCUUUGUGGCAGUCAUCAGCCAGAGCUAGUGGUCAGGGGUUACAGUUCAGAAACAACCAGCAGUUUUAGGCAUUUUAGGCUUUUAAUGACAGAAUAUGUGUUUAACGUAACAGCAAUUAUUCAUCUUCCUGGCAGAGGGUUUUUUUCUGUUCUUUCAUAUAAAUGUCUAUUUGUUAAUAUAUCGUCAAGGCUUUACAUUGAGCUAUCCGUUUCAUAACUAUUUAAUUCUAUACAGUGCUUGGCAUAAAUGAGUAAACCCCUUCAGAGUUGUCAAAAAAACUUGUAGCAUCCUUUCAAAAUUAUCCUUUUCUAUGUCAGACUACACAACAAAAUACUCUAUCAUAUUUAGGCCAUUAAUUGCAAACAAGAUUUUUUUAAGUUGCGUACAAAAAAGUAUUGUUUUCAAUUUAGAAUCAGGAUGCAAAAAUGAGUACACCCAAAUCAAAGUUCUGGGAGCAAAGCUAAAUUUUAGUUACCAUAUCACCUUUUAUUUUCAUCUUAAGGUGAAUAAAAUGUUAUGUUAAACUUAGCUUUGUCAAAACUUUGGAAACUGUACUUUUGCUUAUCUAGAUAAUGAGUAAUACAUUACUUUUAAUAGGGGGUGUACUGACUUAUGCUGGGCACUGCAUGAAUAUUAUUAUUUAUUCAUUACGAAUUUAUAAAGUUAGGUUAAUCCAACUGACAUUAUUGAUCUUUUUUUCAAGGGAGACACAUACAGUUGCAGACACAGACACACAGGGAGCCACAGUCAGAUUCACAAGCACUAAAAUGUGCUAACUAUCUAAGACUCAGCUGUGCAAUCCAGUAGUUUGAAAGCAACAUAAUUCUGGAGAAUCCACCCUAAAGUCUUUCAUUUUAGAUUAAAAAACAUUGGUUUCUUAAGUUUCAAUUGAUAAAAAACUCCAAUAAAUACUGUCCAGCACUUUCCUGUGUGAUAAAAACAGACAAUGUGGUAACAGGCCAAGAAUUGCCUCAUAAAUAAAGAUGUGCUAAUGUAUAAGCUUACAGGUUGCCAGACUUUACCAGUGGACUCAGGGGCACAACUUACAAAAUGAACAAGAGCUUUACAGUUUGUACUGAAGCUUGAGGACACACAGUACGCUGUAUCAGUCAUAUGAGGACACAGAGCAGUGUCUGGUCUGGCCUUCCUGUCACAUCCAGAGAUAGGAAACAAACCAAAUCGGGAUUAAAUAUGACCCAGCAUCUUCAAUUAAUCAUGGCAAUCAUCGCUUGGUAGAAAGUUUAGGAGUAACAAUUCAACUCAAAGCUCAAAAAGUUAAACAAUUCACUUCCCUGUACCUUUCUGUUCAGGUGCUAGAACUGGAUGUGAUGGAUGUUCGUAUUGUGGAGGAAAGAACUUAUACUGCCACCAUGGAGACAACUGCAGGCUCCCAUGAUUCAUAUACUGCUCACAGACAGAGGAAGCAUUUUCUCUACUUCACAGACGAGAAGAUCUUCUCUGUGCUCAUGGAAAUCUGUCAAACACUCGGUAUGAAUGCUGUAUAAAUAUAAAAAUCUGUGUCAUAUUGAUUUCUAGUAUUAUUCACAAGGACUAUAAGAAAGUCUUAAAUAGUGAAGUUAGGCUGUCUCAGAGUUUUAGGCCUUUAUAUUGUACAGUCUGACAGCUUUCCUCCUCAAAUACACAAUAUGCAACUUUUUCCUUUCCUGUCGUCAGGUUACUAUGGAAACCUCUACCUGCUGACGGAUCACUUCCUGGAUCUGUACCAACAGUCUUCAUCAUACAGAAAGCAGGCAGCCAUGGUGCUCAGUGAGAUUGUCAGAGGUGCUGCAGGCAUUGGCGUGGUAACGCAGGGUCAGGGUCUGGAGAGUCAAGUUCAGGGACACCCAACCACCCCGGAAGACCUUAGGGAGGCAGUAGUGUUAGUCAUGGAGGAGUUCACAAGUCUGAAGAACUGGCACUUGAUAACUGUGAGUGAAGACACUGACAGAGACCGACAGGACCAGCAGGUGAGGAAAAAUUCAGUUCUGCAGAUUUCAUAUUUUGACAUGAAUAGGGACACUGUUUCGGCCACAGUUCAUGUGGCAAAACCUUUUCAAGGAUUCGUUAAACAUUUUGGAAAAUAUUUAUUUUUAUCCCAUCAAGUCAAAGCUUGACAAUACUUAAAGAAUAUAAAACUUCAUAUUGAGAUUAAUUUUGUAAAGUCACCUUUUUUUAGCAGGAAUAUUCCCCUGAGCCACUGAAUCUCUUAAGUCUCUUUUCUAAUAAUAUAAGGUUUAUUGGCAUUUUGAACCAGCCUUAAAUUGCAGAGCUUUUUCUGGACAGUAUAAAAGCAGCUUAUAGGAAAUAAAUUACUCUCAAGAGGGAAGAUUAUCAAAUAUAUUGAAGUGUAUUCUCAUCAUGAAAUUGAAACUUUACAUCAGUAACAUGAUAACAUCAAUUAUGUUGUAGAUAUGAAAUAAGAUAGGACCAUAGACUAUAUAUUCUGUGGACAACUUGGUUCUGCCUUCUGCCAGUAUAAUGGAUUUGAAGCCAAAAAGCUCUUGGUAUUUCCGGGCUUUUUAAACACUCCACCACUUGCGCAAUAGCGUUGUGCGCAUUCGAUGGGAGAGUCACAGAGAGUCGCUGUGAUGACGCUCGGCUCAAACAGCGUAUCCCCCUGAUAAGAUAGGCAAUCUUCGUAAGCCUUUAGGCUGUUUCCAGUGUCAAUCAUAGAAAACAUGAACCCCCUAAUAACUUUUGAAAAUGGAGCUGUACAGAAAAAAGAGGUCUUGAGCACAAACCAGUCUUACAGUAACUACAUGUCAACAUCACAAGCAGGAGGGAGAAUAGUGUAUAUUCUGUAAUUAAUUUCUAAAGUUUGUCCACAGCUCCAUAUGGAUUGCUGGCGGAGGCGGGAUUUAUGACCUAUACUGCAGCCCGUCACCAUAGGGUGCUGUUCUCGGGGUGGCCUCACCCAGUGAGGAGGCCGACACCGUCCAUUCUAUAUACAGUCUAUGGAUAGAACCCAAUAUGGACCCUUGUGGAUCACCUUUUUUGAUACUAGAUGCAAUGAGCGAUUCUAAGCAAAAAGAUCAGAAACACCUCUGUUCAGAUUUAAAAGAAACAUUAAAUAAAAAAACAAGUGUAGAUUUUGCUCUUUCUGGAGUGUCUGCUUGUUGUCAUGACAACAACAAGGCUGCACAAAGUCCAACAAGUCUCUGUAGGUGGAUGUUUUUAUUUAUGAACAAAGACAGGUAACCAGUUUCCCCCUGUCUCCAGUCUAACUGGUAACUUAAGCUCACUUUAGCUUCAGUUUAAACGUACAGACUUCAGAGAGGGCCAGCCGCUCCGAUUCCAUUAAGCAAAUAAGUGCCUUCCCCAAAGUGCUAAACUGCAUUUUAAUGUUGUUUGAUGGUUGAAGACGCGAUUGGGGCGUUAAUGGGCUAUGACUAUUGCAUCAUCAUUAGCUAAAUUUGCUGAGCGGUAAACUCUGUGGUGAUGGUAGUCAUGUGUAAAAGAUGAUCCCUCUGUGAUACUCUGAAUGACGAAUCGAUGCUCAGCGUUUCUCAAGACUGAAACUGCUUUGGAGCUCUAAGUACCUUCUCCAAACUUUCAUGACUGGGUCUUUGAGCAGAUAAAUUCAUAACAGAGCUGCUAUUCAACACUGAAAGUUUUUGCAGCCCUGUGUGGGUUUGUACAUUAGCUUCUCUUAGAAAAGUAAGGAGUUGAAGACAGAAAUGUAGACUUGUUAAACUGUGGAGGCUGCUGUCGGUUUUAUACAAGAAUUUGCAACCAACAUUGUUUCCAAUCUGUGUUUUCUUGCUUCAAUAUUUAUCCUCACAUUCACUUGAAUUUGCUACAUUUUUAAGGGUUCACCACCAACAUGUAUCAGCCAGUAAGAUCAUUUGAAGAGGACAGUGGUGUGUCCCUAGCCUGGAAUAGAUUUUUAUGUCUAUAAAAUAAAAUGAUGAACUGUGAAUGAUCAACUGUAUAAUGUAUGGUCAUUUCUUGUCUCUCUGUAGCUUCUCAGCCCACCCAGACUCCUCUCCAUAUCCAGCACUGAUGUCAGCAACACCAACACAAACUGUCUCCAAGUGAUAUCCUCCUCAUUUAACUCCCCGUCUACCUCAGCACCUUCCUCCACCAUCCACCAGCUCAACAGCAACAUCUGGCAGCUGUGCAUCCAGCUGGAGGGCAUCGCCUGCUUCGCCCAGGCUCUGGGACGUGACUUUCGUUCCUUGUUGAUGACAUCACUGUACCCUGUGCUGGAGAAAGCCGGGGAGGAGACGCUGCUGGUCAGCCAAGCGGCGCUGGGCUCCAUGUGGGACAUCAGUAAAGCCUGUGGGUAUUCCUCGCUGAAGGAGCUGAUCAAUGAGAACUCAGACUACCUGCUUAAUGACAUUUCACUGAACCUGCAGAGACUCAGCCAGCAUCCACAGGUAAACUCAGCAAAGCAAACACACUGUAAAGCACAGUAAUGGGGGAACUAUGGAAAGAAAACGGGUGGGAACAUUUUUAAAGGUUAAUUUAAUAAAAAAAGCUGUGUAAAGGGGGAAGAAUCUUGUUAUUUGUGGCAGUGUGAUCUUUAAAAACAGGAAAUGCAGCAACAAAUAGUGUAGAUAAUAUCUAAAUCCUUUUCUGACUAACUUGUCGUCUCCCAGGUUCUGUGAUCUUUAAUAUAGAGCUGUGACUGACCCUCAGUCCACUCUAAAAAGAUUUAAUUUAUGUGAUAGAAUUGCAGUGCCAACUAGAAUCACUAGAUGGAGACUCCUUUCUGUACUGUUGUGAGACUCCAUGUUCAGUUUCUACUUUCAACACAGACUGUGGUUCUGACUGUGAGAGGACUCUGUAGUUUUAUUUUUGUCUAUGAUUUGCUGCUCACGUAUGAGCGCUGUGGAAACCUGCUUUUGGAUGGUCACUAAGUUGUACACAGUGUUUGGGAUAGUUGCAUUUACUUUAAUAGUGCUAAUUUUGUCCACUGAAUUUUUAUAAAUUAUGGUGUGUACUGCCAAACUCAUGGCUAGGUCACCCUUCAGGACUUAAAAAAUAUCCCUUUAAGCUAUAUUUGCAACAGGCAUAAAAUGUGAAAUUGACUUGUGAUUAUUGGCAAGUUAACCCUGGACAACUAUACCAUUUUAAUCAUGUUUAAAAAACAUAAUUAUUUGACCUCCCUAUUGAGUCAGGCAAGUCUGGCAAGUUUAUUUAUCCAGCACCUAUACAGAGUCAAAAACAAAAGAAUAAUGACAUUUAAGGAAAGUUAACAUUGAGCAAACAUAAGCAACAAAAUGAAGAAUAAACUAAAAUGUAAGAAAAAGAAGAAAGAAAGAAAAUCAUCAGGCAGAAACAAGAAAUCUAAGCUUUGAAAACCAUUUAAAAAUCCCAAAACUGGAUAAUUUCUGGUACAUAAUUUACUCCACAUGCCUUUGAAUGUUACACUCAUCUUUGAUAUUCAUAUUCAUCUGUUAGUGGAUUUUGCUGAUUAUCUUGAAGUUAUGCCAAAAAAUCUAGAAUCAAACUCAUAAACAUAUCUAAAAUUUGUCAUAUUAUAAUCUGGGAUAUCAUAUAUAGUUUGACCCCAGACCUGUUUUGCCAAAGUAUUGUGUGACCAUCUUCUUACAGAGUGAUUUAAAUAGAACUGUUUGGGAUGAUAUCAGGUCAUUGCAAGUCAAACAGCUGCGGUUGAUGUGAGGUCAGGGGUCCUGAUUAGUAUAAGUCUGAUUUUGUCCAAAGUCACGGGAUUUAUCACUUCAGAGUGCUCCACUGUGGUCUAUCAUCCACACAGUAACCCUGUGAGUGGCUUCCCCUGCCUCUGAACAUGUAUUUGAACUUACUCCUGUCUCGUUGUUCAGGCUCCGCGGGUGUUGACGGUGAUGUUGACUCACUCUGACUGCAGCCUGCUGCCUCUGGUCGGAGACAUCAUUCAGGAUGUGCUGAUGGCUCUGGAUCUCAGCUACGACCAAACAGCGGCUCUUUUCUGCUCUGUGCUGCAUGCGCUCAUGAAGGCGCUGGGUGAGGUUUCAAAAGUGACUUACUAACAUUUGUCAAAUUAAAGAACUAUAGGUGACAAUUUUGUUGUAAUAGUUCUUUGCCAGUAUGAACUUCUAUACUGUAUUAAAUGUGCUCAUUUCAUCAUAAAUUUUGCAUUUAAUGCAUUUAUAUUGAAACCAUUAAUAAGUAAAUUAAUGACAUUUGAAAAAGUAAUUUUUUUCAACCUUGUGAGACUAUUUAUCCUGGUUUAGAUGACCUUUUUAGAUAUAAUAGCAACAGGUAGUUAGAAAAAACAAUUGUUUGAAUAAGAAGUGACCAUUAAAAUGAUACCACAUUAGUGUGAUUAUGUGGUAAUAAAAAGUCCAUAUAAAAGUCUGAAAAAAUAGGAUUAAUAUACAAAUAAUUGAGACAAAAAUCGAAGAUGUUUGUCAUUUGGAGCCCCAAAUCCAGCUGUGUCCCUGACUUCACCUCCUGUUUUUCUGUCUCCUUUAGCGAGAUGGUUUCCCUCCAAUCGUAGUAAAACAAGGGAGUCUGCCAGAACCAAGCAGAGCUCAAGUCGAGAGGAAAUCCUGGAUAUCCGCCAGUUCAUGCUGGAUUACAACAAACAGAAAGAGCUGGCAGAAGGCAUAGGAAUCGAGGAAGACGUAACCAUCGAAGAUCUAGGUCACACAGACUUUCCAUACAAUGAAACAGACUUUUGCUGAUAAUAAAUGCAGAAUAAAUACAACAAUAAUCUAAUUACUGAAGAGAAGAUCGGGUUCUUCUAAAUCAAUCAUUUAUCUCUUAUUUCUCUAUCACUGCAGAAGUCCCUCCCCCCACAGAGUGUGAGGACAUCGAUGAUACUGUUAGUCCUGAUGUGAAACCAGAGCUUCCUCUUCAUCUCAGCAUCACAAAAGACGUGAUGGAGCGCUGCAUUCACCUGCUGUCUGACCCCAGCCUGAGGGUCAGGCUGAAGGUACUGUCUGCUGUAAAAAAGCUUUGAUGGAGAUAAUUCUGGUUUGUCCUUUCAUGGUCGUAUGCAAACUUUUUUUUGAAUGUGAAUACUCAGAGCUCCAGUGAGGAACUUUCAGUUUUUGUCAAUUUUGGUGUCGAAUCGUGUGCCUGUUUAUGCCCCAUGGAUGUACUGAUAGAGGCCCAAACCACCUAAAAGCCCCCCUAAGUGUCUGUGCCCACUUUUAGAACCUCUGUAAAGUAAGAAAAGUUAAAUUCUUUGCAGCCAGUUCCAGCAAAACAGCAGUCACAGUGGUUAUUUUAUAUCAUGUACCUAGAACUUCCACAAGCCCCACUAUGAUCUCUCAGUUCCUCUGAAUCAGGUUUCAUGGCUGCAUUGAAAAUUCUGCUUCAAGAUGUCCACUGUACUCCGGUAAUGGCUCUAUAACCUGGGAACAGUCUCCUCUCAGUUAAAUUUGAAGAAGCUGUUUAAAACUCACUUUUAUCUCGCAUACUUUGUCCUUGAAAGUUUCAUUUCUGCGGUCCUAGUUAUUAUUAUCAUUUCCUUUUUAAUUGGUGUCACAGAGCAGUAUCCUGUAACCUUGGCGUUAAAAAGUUCUUUGCAGACAAUGCUAGAUAAAAAUCUGUAUGCAAAAGAAAUAUAUUUCAGUUGGACUUUGUGACUUUGUCCUCAGGUUUUGGACGUGUUGGAGCUGUGUGUGAGUGUGCUGAGUGAGAAGGAAAAUGAGCUGCUGCCCAUGGCUCAUCGCUGCUGGCCACCCUUCUUGCAGAGACUCAUAGCUGAUGACCCUUUGGCAGUCCUCAGAGCCUUCAGGGUAAGUUACAAUCCACACCUUAGGAACAAGGUUUCCUGAAAGUGCUGCACGGUGAAAUAAAAAGAGAACAAAAAAAAAGAACACUGUAAAAUAUCAAGUAUGAAAGUUAAUAAAACCUAGAGAAACCACACAACCGUUGUGCUUGAUUUAAAGCCAAGGAAUAAAAAAAAGUUUGAAGAGGUGAUUUAUAAGUUGGUGCAGUUGAAAAAAAAGCCAGAUCACCCCUGGUUUUCAGCCUGCACUAAGGGACCAGUGAAAUCAGCUGAUUGGUAGACCCCUAAGAGUGGUACGCCCAAGAACUAAAUGUGAAAGACUUUUGACUCGUCAUUCCCCUCUCUUGACACUCUCACAUAAUCUCUCCGGUGCUUCUGGCCUCUCCCUGUAAAUACUAUGAAAUGUGACUUUUUAAAGUAGAAUGAGUGCUUAUUAAGUCAGAGUUGUUGAGCAACUCUCGCCACUUUCUCAUCUGUAUUAUUUGUAAGGGUGUGUGUGUCACUAUGCGAUAUAAUAAUGUUAGUUUCAUCACCAAACUAAACUAAGAAAGAACAUUUUCAUUUUAAUUGAUAAGAAAGAAGUGACUGUGGUCCUAAUACAGAUCCUUGUGGUACACCACAUAUCAGCUAAACAAUGCUUGAGAACAACACACUGUUCUCUCUUACCUGUAAUCCACUAUUUAAGUGUGUCCUUGAAAACCAUAUGCAAACUGAAUAUUAUGAUUGGCUGUGGAUAAGUCUGAAAAAAGGCUAAGUGCACAAUCAUUAAUUCAUCUACAAGCUGUGAAAGUGCCAUGAAAGAAAAAGAAGAAAAAAAACAAAACAUUAUUUUUCUGUAAAUGUGUUACUUUUCUAGUAUUAAUUAGCUUCUGAAGAGUUUUUGAGUGACUUUAAGGGUUUUUUAAAUUUUGAAUUUGAAUUUUUAUUUCAUUCAUUGAUUAAAAUCAAAACAAUACCAAUGAAUAGUGUACACAAACAUCCCUAAAUAUGAAUGAAAGGGAGCAGAAAGAAGAGUAAUCUUACAUAGAUACAGUAGUUACACAAAUGUUUCAGGGAGCUCGUUUUAUAACUUUUCAUAAGUGGGUAAACAUCAUCUGUGUUCAGGCAAAAGAAAACACUGUGUUGUUUUCCUUUUUUUUAAUCAAUCCUACAGGUAGGCAUGAAAAUUUUGGCCCUAGAUUAGAGCCUUGAGGGGUGCCAAAUGGCAGAGUGACAGACGAUGAGACAGAAUCCCUGAGUCUGACUAAACAUCUCUCUGACAGAUACAGAGCCUUGAACCACUUAAAGGCUGACUCUUUUAAACCCACACAGUGCUCAAGGUGAGAGAUAAGAGUGUCGGCUAGAGUUUAAUCUAAAAGCAUCAAAAGGACAAAAGUUGAGCAUUUCGUUUAACUCUUGAGUUAAUCUUUUAACGUGACUUGCGUGAACAUCUAUUGUCUGAUUUUGUUAAAAAGUACACCAAAUUUUUAGAUCACCGUUUCAUGUUUAAAUUUUAUAAGAUCAUCAUGGUUUGUUGUUAUGUUCAGAAGCUGGACAGGUUAGGAUACAUUUUUGACUAAAACGACACUUCCGCUGUAUAAAUUAUAUGUAAGUCACUACUGGGAGUCUAUUUCAUAGUUUGUAAUCCAGUGAAACAUUUUUCCUCCAGAACAUUUCCAGCCAACAAAACCAGAAACACCGAAGUUUUCCGAGAGUACUUCUCCCCAAGCUGGCUUUUCAGAUCUGUUUUAAAGGAUGAUAACAGCUUUCUGCUUUGUUCCCCAGUGAAUGAAGAUCACACUCAGUUCUCAGAGAACAUGUGUCAUUUUAUUCUUUGUCACUCUUUAUCAGUGUACCUGUCAGAACCUGUCGUAUUUGAGCUCUUUCAGAGAUCUUUUGACACAUUUUCCCUGAUAAAGUGACAAAAUCAGACACGGGUAUCUGUCAUUCAUCAGCAAUCUGCGCUUUCACCGAUAAUAAUAGAGCAGGUUCUACGUCUGUCGAAUUGUUAUGAAUAUUGUGUAUCACUCAUAAAAUAAAACGAGCUGUCCUCACAUUAAAUGAAGAGUCUUUCUACCAGGUGCUGUGUACUCUGGGUGAAACAUGCGGUGAUUUCCUGAGGAUGAGGGUCUCCAAAGAGGUUCUUCCCAAACUGAGCUCCUCGCUGGUACGGCAGGCUCCGAUAAGUGCCAAAGCCGGACCCGUCUACUCACACACCCUGGCUUACAAACUGCAGCUGGCUGUCCUGCAGGGACUGGGCUCACUGUGCCAGAGACUGGACCUGGGUAAGAGAAGAAUGGAUUUCGUCCUAGGCUGCAUUUUCCACUUAGUGCUGCAAAUUAGUGACCUUAAAUGCUCUGGAUGUGAUUUUUGGUCACUUUCCAGGCCUAGUGGUACCAAAGCUUGCCACCUUAUAGUUAAAACAAAACUUAAGUUGCUAAUAUACAGAUUUCUAUGUAAUUAUUACCAUGUGCAUUCUUAGAUCAGUGAGUGAUGCCAACUAACCUGCUUUUAUCUACUCUCCACUCCAAGAAAAUAAAAAACAUGAAGGUUUUAGUAGUACAACCUAGGAGGAGAUUAAAACGAUUACUGAAUUACUGACACAUAUUGAGUUGGAUGCAAGACUAUAAAACAGUGAUCACUGCAAAACUAAACAACACAAACAAAAACAAACAGAAGCUUUCAAUGGGGAAAUUGAGGUCUGUAAGUAAGUAAGUAAACUUUAUUUAUAUAGCACCUUUCACAGACAAAAAGUCACAAAGUGCUUCACAUAAACAAAAAGUUAAAAUGUACAUACAAAUUUAAAAGGCCAAGACAACAACAUUAACAAUCAUAGCAGCCCCAAAACAACUAAACAUAAGCCUGAGCAAAUAAAACACAAAGUCAACAUCAUAGAGUAGCACAAUCAGUGACUUGCAUUUUCAGGACUGGAAGGCAUUGACAGCUCAGAGGAGACCACCUCAUUUAGCCGACACAAAACCCGAGAGUAUCAGCACCUGCAGGGUGGGGACAUUUCAAUUGAAAAGAGACUGAAUUGAAAGAAAAAGACUGAAUUGAAAAUUAAUCACAAGACCAAACUAAAUCUUAAAAUCAGAUCACUGUUAGAGCAGUAUCUGAUCAUACACAUUUCCAUCAGUCAUACUGCACACAAGAUGCUCUUUCAUGGCUUUUUUUCUGUGCCUUUUUUCUGUAUGAGUCUAAAUAAGUCAGCUAGUCUUGACUUCACAGCCUUGAUACCCGUUCAAUCUGCUCAGGGUGUUAUUCUUUUAAAAAGCAGCUCUAUUUUAGCUGACUCCAUCCUAAAAUAAAAGGCAGUUUAGGCCAGAAUUCAACAGGAUAAAGACAUCUUGAUGCCCUCCAUCACCCUAGGAGAAAAAUUGAACCCUUUCACCACUAGAUGGCACUCUGGUAUAAGAGUGAAAAUCAGGAGCGAAUCGUCAAGCAGAAGUUAGUUUUCUUAAUUCUUUCGGGGUUUUUUUGGAGCGAAGACACAAACACACAACAGAAUUAUGAAAAAAAAUCAAGAUGUGGAGCAGCUGUUUUUAUUCCCUUGGUAAAUGAGGAAUGUUUAUUUACCUGCAACCCAAACAAAAGCACAUCUAAUGCAUAACAGCGAAACAAUUAGCCAUGCCAGUUCUGCUCUUGCAUAAAAUCGCACAAUGCUCAGUGGAAUUUCAAUGUGGCCUUGCUUCUAUUUAACACACUUUAAAGAUGACUUUGAACAUACCACACAAUUACAGCAGUCAGCCAACCAGUGUGAUGCCACUGAAUGAUUAAAUGCUCCUGCAAAAAAAAACAAAAAAAAAACAAACACACACAACAAAAAAAAAACACUGCAACAACUGUUCUCAUUCAAGCUCCAUUUCACCACAAACAAGCAAGAAACGCUGUUAAAUCUGCACAGGAAUCAGGACAACAGAGCAUGUGCCUAAAAAUCUGGAGAUGUUCAUUCAAAGUAGCCUGGAAACUCGGCCCCAGUGUGUAACCAGUGAUGAAAAUAUAAGGUACCUGUCAAAUCAUUGUUUUAUCUAACACUGUGACAUCUCUGUUGUAGCCAUACUUGGUUUAAAUUGCCACAGCUUUCCAAAAAGACUAAAAACACGCUGCGUUUUACUAAAGCUUUAGUCUCCUUGCGCAGGGAAAGGUUUCUUUUCACCCUCAUGUGCGGGUGUUAUUAGUGCGUAUUUAAAUGUCUAAGUGGCUUUCAGACUACUUGAUAAAAGAGGCUGCUUAUAUCAUUGUAAAAUUUGGUGAUUGCAAUCAGUGAUCAAAUUACAGGGAAAAUAGUCUUAAAACGAAGAAAGUAGCAAUCACAAUCACUUCUUCCUCCCACAGUAGGUAUAAAAGAGCUGCUGGAAAGGUUAAAGCAGUGAUAAAUCAGUGCACAGGGGUUUUAUAAAGCUCUAUUCAAAUGGCUUAUUUUAUUCUUUCACUUUCAUUUAGUAACUCAAAAUAUCUGCUUUAUCUGAUUUUGGUGUUUGACACAAGUGAUAUGUUUCUGUCCAACACUGGAAAGACCUGGAGCUUCAAUGUGAAUGGCAGCAUCUCUGUGAGGAACAUGUGGUUAUGUGACCCUCGCACACACACACUGCACCCAGCUGCUGAGGCUCAUCAUGGAGGGUGAAGAGUUUUUUGCUGCUGACACCAUGUGUCACAGAGGUAGCAGGGUUUUCUGCAGGCCAACUGCAGCUGCCAACCUUACAGGGACAGGAGGGUAUGAAGAGGUAAAAUGUAGGAAUGGAUUUGGAGGGAAAGGGAAAAAAGCCAGAUGCCAAUAAAUUAAUGCAGCCAUUCCAAUUUUUUCCCGGUAAUUUCUAGAUUUUGGGUAAACUUUGGUAUCAUGACAGCCCUUCUCCAGAUUGCAUAAUGGCAUGAGAGGCAAAGAGUAAAUACACACCAGGAUCUUCACACACACAGUGCUGUUCUGCCCUGCCUGCUCCAACACUACAUAUCACCACUGUCCCCCACUCUCUACUUCUGCCCCUGUUACAACCUCUAGAGCAGGACGUCUUUGUCUGAAGACCAGGGGGAAGCGGAAAUCCUUGAAAUGUCAGCAUGUCAUAGCCAUUUGUUAAUCUUUGGUUUAAGACGUACCAAAUAUAGAUCCUGAAGAACUCAGAUUUCUUCAGGAUGAAUCACAUUGGGAUGGCAGUUUGUGGGUCAUUUGUCUGUUUACUUAUUGUGCUACUAAAGGUCCAUUGAUCUCCCUCCCUGAAGAGAUACGCCUCGCAGAAUCGGUUAACAUGUGAUGUUGUUGCAUUUAUCAUCUUUUUUUUUGCUAUGAACACGUCUUAUUUCUUAUCAUUUCUUUAUUUCUAUGUUUUUUCCUCAAAUUAGUUUCAUUAUUUGCUCGUUCUGUUGAUUUGUUGAUGUCCUGGCUUCUGUUAUUGCCUUUAAGCAUCUGUUCUGAUUUGUCCUUACUGCUUUAUCUCUAAAUGUUUUAUCAACACUAAUGUUUUUCUUUCUCUCUUUAUUGCAUUAACUCAGCCUCUCACUGUUGACUUUUUUUUCUGCUGCUUUAUACCUCCUUUAAUUGUUUUAGAUCCUCAAUCUUGUUUCCUUUCUUUUGUAUUAUCUAAUCAUUCUACUUCUUUGGUCCUUUAGUCUCCGUUCUGUUCUCCUUCUUUGUGCUUAAAGCUGUUGUGUUCAGUAGUAUACAGCUGUGGAGGAUGUGUGGUUCAGGGUUUAUAGUAGGAGUGAACAGGUUUGCUUUAACAAGGAGGUGACCCUUUAGCCAUGAGGAAGAGGGGAUUUUUUUUUUGCUGUAACACUCUGGUAUUAGAGGCAGAGGACAAUCUCAGGUAUAAAUGCUCACCAGGGCAGUCCACAAUUGUCAGGAGUCAGCUUUUACUCCACAAUCACAGACGCUGUAGUGCUUGUCGGUUAGAGUUUAGUGCUUUCACUUUUGAGCUUUGAAAUGCGGAGCAAAGAAAAGGUGAGAGAAGCCAUCGUGUGUGCAGCGGCAGAGAAACCAUCUGUGCCCGUCUCGUAACAAAAGUGGCAUAUGGUGUUUGAUCAGCUGAGGUCAGAUCAUACUGUAUGUCUCUCUGGUGCAAAAUUGUACACAUGAACCACCUCAGUACGACAGUACAGUCACAGUUUCAGAACUUAACAGUUUUUUUCUAACCCAUUUUGUAGAAGUAUUUCCAAACUACGCUGUCUGAUUUUGUACUUUUGAAGGGCUGCAUAUUUCUCUCUGGGUAUUAUCUUUUUAAUUAUAACAAUCUCAGGAUAUCUGCACUUUCAAAGACUAUCAAACUGCUCUGUCUGGCAUCACUAAUUACUCCGCAGUCAAAGUCACAUCAGUCACAUUUUUCUUCUUUCUUUCAAUUUUUAUUUUUUUUUUUGUUAUUUCAUAUUUUUUUUAAUUGUUUCAUGCUUCCACUUCAGGGUACAUAACCUUUUUUUCAAACAGUACAAUAACGUAACGUAACAUAACAUAACAUAACAUAACAUAACAUAUCACAGUUUUUUUGUUUUACAGUUUUUAUAUUGAUUUUUUUUUUUUUUUUUCAAAUUUGAGAAUAAUGAUUAAAAACUGAUUUACAUGUGAUGUGUAUUUUUAGGGGAAAUAUGGUUCCUGGACUAAUCAGCAGACAGUCAUAAUCAUUCAACUUUUUCACUGGUGUUAAAAAUGCAGACUAAAAAUCGAGAAAAUCAACAAUAUCAUAGAAUCGCAAUUUAAAAUCGAAUUGGCAUCCAAAUAAUCAUAGAAUCGGGAGAAAAGCAUAUCGUCCCAACCCUAAUAAUUUAUCACAAUCUGCAUUCUUCCAUGGUGGUGCCAUACUAACAUGAAACCCUUAUACAUUUGUACACCAACAAAAAACAAAUACACAGUAAGCAGUUACAACAUAUAGAUCCAUAUACCACUCAUGCAGUCUCAUAUCCAUCUCAUUAAAUUGUUUCACCUUGUUGUUGUCAUCGGCUAGUGUCUCUUCUAUUGUCAAGUAUUAUCUCAUCAAUCCUUUCCAAGUAUAUGGAGAGGGAGUCUAUGUUUUUUUUAAAACAAAUUAUCUAUGUUUUGAUCUUAACAAAAAUGAAACCUCUUGCCUGUAUCUGACUAACUGCUGCUUCAUUAAUUUGCUUUGACCCCUGUGCAGUGGCCUUAGUGUGCUUUGGUUGUUAUGAUCUCGUAAAUUCUCAAAUGCAAAAGUAUGUACUCAAAAGAGAGGCAUUUUUAAUGUAUGUACAGUGUUGUGGUGAAAGUCAGGCUUUGUAUCUAGCUGUGAGAUUUCUGUGUCUGUUCUGGUGGGGAAAUUUAAGCUGUUUGAAAUUCAAGGACAUUAUUCUCCAGAUUUUCUACACGACUACACGCCUGUGUAUCAACACUUUCUUCUCUACGAGGCAGCUUUUUAUUCAGGGUGGAAAACACUCAGCGUUUGUGAACACAGCUUUGUCCGGACAGAUAACUACCUCUUUGUUGAGUUGGAGACAGCUGCAGCUCAACAGUUUUUCACUGGGAUAAUCACUAUACUCUCUGCAGUCUCUUCACAUGUUUUCCUGUUCGUAACCAUACAUAGAGAAGGAUUCGAUUCAGGUCAAAAUGGAGAACCCUCGAGGUGUACUUGAGGUGGAGAAAAAGACAGAUUACUCUGAUUUUCACCUUUCAUUGUGCCCGUCUGGCACAGUAAAUCUGUUUGAUUUUAAGCUCAAGAAAACACCUUAUUUAUCUUCCAAAUCCAGCUUAUUCUGGCCUUACCGGGAUCUGCACAAACUCCUUUCAUACUUAGAAAAUAAAGGGAAAAAUUCAUGCUCCUCACAUGUUUCCAAGCGCCAGGUGCACUGCCUUUUGCAUCAUUUUCAGGUUAGCUUUAGAAUAAAAAAAAAGAUUAAGCAUACUUAGUAUGUUUAAGUGAUGAAGACAAAGUGCUUGUGUAUCAAACAGAAUGAGGUUAUCUAGUUCAGCUGGUAGCAAAAAACUGCUUCCAACCGUUGCAUGACCACUGGAGACUACAAAAAAGCAGCUGCAGCAGCAACAUCACUUCCUCCGAUGUUUUAUUUACAAGCCUCAUAUGACUGAAGUGUAACCAAGAAGAAAGUCCUUGUGCUUGAUUUUCCUCACUGGCACUUGACACCGUGCUCCUUCACAUCAGAGCGAGAGAGAGAGAGGGAGAGGGAGGCUUGGCGUUAGAGAUGGACAGAAUGUGAAGGAGCCAGAGAGAAACAGUCCGCGGCUGCAGCCUUACUCAUGUGAAUACCGAUUUGGCCACAGCUUACCUCUGGGAGGCCUGCAGCAAGCCAAUUACUGAGCCCCAGUCAGAAAGAGAGAAAGACAGAAACACAGAUUGACUGAAGCAAAUAAUACUUUUCAGCUCCAGCAGCGGCUUCACCUCCAAUUGCAGCCUGUUCUUCAUUUACCACUACAUCUAACAGCACCUGGCCCCUCACUCUUAAGUAUUUCUCACUUCUUUGCUUCCCUCCCAGCACCUUGAUUGCACAAAAGACUACAGGCUACAAGUGCGGCACCAGCAAGAGAGGAAGAAAGGGGGAUAAAAGCUUUCGCUAAAUAAUCCCAUUUAACUCUGAAAUGUGCACCGCUGCUUUUAUUCUUGACACACAGCGAGCAGGCCCAGUUCAAGCCGAGUGUGGGUUGAAUUGGCAAAUAGAGUAAGCAGAGAAGGAGAGAGACAUGUUUUGAAAUAAGGCUUGAAAGGCAGCCCACUCUGCAGCUUAGGGAAUCACUGAGUGUCUGCUGGGAGAUAUGGGGAGAAAGAGAGAGAGCGAUAGAGAGAGGAGAUGAAAGAGUGGAGUGGAGUCAAGGAGGUGGAGGGAGCAGGAGCUGGCAAGGUUGUGAAAGGUGCAUUUAAAGAGGGGGAGAAAAGGAGAAUAAAGGCAAAUGGGUCAAUGUAUAUAAAACUGCAGGUAGUGGGGAAAAGAGAUGAAGGGGGAGGGAAAAGAUGUAGCCCAUCUCGCACACAUCCACCCCUUAAAAAGAGGGGAGAGUGUAUGUGUGAAUUCCAGAGAAACAGCCUGCUGUGAAAUUCUCUUCAGCAGUUUCUCUCAGCUCAUUAGGAGUUAGGAAAGGUAAAAGUCCAGGCAUGUCCUAUUUCUUUUUUCCCCCUCCUCUUUCAUCUCUAUCUCUUUCCCUUUUAUCCCUCUUCCUACUCGCUUUCAAAUCUGCCGUCUUAUGGAGCUUCUCCGUUUGCGGGCAUCUAUGAUUACAUAUGCCUUUUCUGAGAUCUUCUGCAACAGCUGAAAUUGAUUGAAGUCCCUCAUCUAUCCAGUCAUGCUCUGAGAGGAUCUCUUCUGUGCAGCGGCGACCUCAUAUGUAUUUAACUGAUGUUUUGGUGUUUCCAGGUGAGGGGGAUCUGAAUGUCGUUGGAGAGGCCUGCCUGCCCUACCUAAGCUGCAGACAACCCAUCAGACUGCAAGAAGCCAGCCUUAGGUAAGCCUCAUCCAAAUCCACACUUGGUGUGUAUGGAACUGUGCAAUUCUGGGCCUUGUUCUUUUGUAUUAAUGUGCAUGUGAUAAGUUAUUCUCCCUGCCCCUCCACAUGUGUACGUGGAAUGCCAAAGUCUGAGGCAGGGAGAGCAGCAGCAAAGACCCUGCCUUAUUCCUUAAGAGGGUUUUGUUAUAUCAGUAGUUGGCUUAUGAGCAACAGAAAACAGGAGGCUGUUUUUAAAAUCUGUGAAAACUUCUCCAGGUUUACAGAGAUCAUUUACAAGCAGAGAACACAACAUCAAGACACAACACACCCAGUGUUUGUUAUAUUCAUGCCAAGAGGUGAUGUCUGAAGUUACAUCUCAUUGUGUGUUGUACUUUUCUGCAACCUUGAAAUGAACUAAUGAUGGUAGGAGCUUCAGACAUGCCUGAAUAAGACUUAGAGCUAGAUUUGAAAAGUCUGAAUGGAUCUUUUAAAGUUUAUUGACCUUUUUAUAUUAGGACUGUAAAUUCCUACUUAACUGGUGGACUUACUGGUCGAUACGUGCUGAGUUGACCAAAAUUCUGAUCGACCGCGUCAGUUUACAGUCUAUGGCUAAUUGCAACAGGAGGAACGUACCAAGUGCCAAAGGGGGUGUUUUCAGAGCACCCCUAUGUCACAGAUAACAGCCUGUCUCAGAACACCCCCUUGUUUUCAGCAUUUUUGAUUAGCCCAACCCACUGAAGACAGGAAGAUUGGAGAGCAUCCUAGGUUUGCUGAAUAUUUAUUUUUAUUUUGAGCGUUUCAACUUUCAUGUGAGUCCUCCUCUACCAUCCAUGAAGCAUAUUUUCAUCCCACCAAGCUGAGCACCGCCAAGCGCAUCUUUCCCCGCCACAGAAGGGUUUAUGCCCCCACUCCAUAUUAGUCGAUUUUUGGUCGAAAAUUUUUGUCAAGCAAGAAUUUCUUUGGUUGAUUACAGCUGUAAUUUAUUGGUACCAUACUGCUUUCAUCUGUCACAAAUUAUCAAUUAAUGUCAGUGCAAUAGCAUCAUUUUAACGCUCAUAUCAGUAACACAGACCCCACUUUUACCUUUGACCCCACCCUUUUAGGCAUACUGUCAGCUCAAAUUCCCGCUAAAAUGAAAAUGUUGUUUGUGGUCUCUUAAAAACAACAUGAUGUGAUGUUUCAUGACACAACAGCAAAAUCUACUUCAGCUUAAAUCAGACUGUCUUUUAGUAAGCUUUAAGUCAAACUGGGACAUGUCACAAGUUCUUAACGUCAUUAUUUCUUUACUAGGUUGCAGAAAAGUACAACGCACAAUAAGACGUAACUUCAGACAUCACUUCUUGGCAUGGAUAUAACAAACAUUACCUCAUAAUCUGUUUAUUUUCCGCAGCAGUGCUGAAUGUCGUCCACGUUGGCAUCGCCUUCUUAGUGAGUGAACAGUCUGCUGCUUUAGAUAAGUGCUGCAACUUUAGUCUCAUUUAAUCUGCCAAUUAUUUUCUCAAAUAAUCUGUUAAUCACUUGGUCUGUAAAAUGUGGAGAAUAGCUAAGUACCAAGGUUUUUAAACACCCCAUUGAUAUUCACUUCAUAACGCAGAGAAAAGGAAGCUGACAGCAGAGAAGGUGAAGAAAUCUUUGCUCGAUAUUUUAAAUUUAUUAACUAUAAACCUGAGCAAAAUAGCAAAACUCUAAAGGAAUAAACCCCAUAUUUUGUUUCUUUUUAAUUACCAAUCCAAAUAAGAAGCAAUUAAACCACUUCUCUCCCUACUCUUUAGAAAAGGACAACUCAGACCACUCCAGUCCUCUUAAAAACAAAGUCGUUAAGUCUACCAAUCUGGAGGUUUUUGACUUUUUAGAUUAAGUUUCUGUCCCAUAGGUACAAACUAUUGGGUGUCCCACCAGCAAAAGCAUACUCAUUUUAUUACUCUCCUUACUGCGCCAUGAACCAUAAUCCAAUGACAAGAACUAAUUUCCCCACCUGAAGUUGAUCUUUUUUUGCAUGUCUCUGAUGUUACACAUAGUCAGGCAACCUUUAAAAGACUCGCAAAUAAUCUACAAAUGAAUUAAAAUAAUAGAUAAAUUGGUCAGAUUAUCAUAUGUUCAGAUGUCUGUGUAGACUAUCUAAACAGUGUCACACAGGAGCUGCUUUCAUAAAUGCAUUUUUGGGAAUUUUUUAAAGAAAACUGAAGGAGCUUUUGCCCAGAAAUUGACCUGACUUUACUGUGUACAUGUGCCUCCAUAGAGCAUGACGUCUUCCAAAUUUAACAGGAAUGGACGUGUGUUUGUACAUGUGGGAUUACAGGAAGCCUGAGAUGACGUCAUAGAUGCAGCAGUGUCACCGUGCAAUGUUUGACAAAGUUACUGAAGAUUAGACCAGUUGAUCAUUAGAUUUUUGUAUUCCUUAUUCUCGCCCCCAUUAGUGCCUAAAAACUGAAAAAAUAGCACACAUUUACAUAGUGCUGGGCGAUUGGACGAUAGAUAUCGUGGGCACGAUAGAAAAUGUCUAUCGUGCCAUUUUUAUUUUUAUCGUUUCGGGCGAUAGGCUGUAUUUUAUCCAUAGGGCUUGUGCCAUCAGAUGAUUCAUAGUAACAACAACAAUAAUUGCACAUUCAGUAAGUGUAUUUAGUGUCAAACGGGAAAGAAAACAAUAUUUCCUUACAAAGAAAAGGAUGCGUUGACAUGUAGGCUCGCAUUUCUCUUUCGAUUUUGCGACAUGACACCGCUUUACGUGCCCUCUUUGUGUCCAGCGUCUCCCGCCGUUGCGGGUUACCUGGGUUACACACGUGAGGGGAUCAUUGUAAGCAGUGCUUAGUUUGUGCCGGAGCAAGUCGGAGCGCGAUCCGGGACCUCUUUUGAUCGGAUCCGGGACCUAUUUCAGCCGCUCCGGCACCUGUUUUAUGUGCUCCGGGACCUUCCCUGUAGAGGAUGACAUUUUUCGGGGAUUCCCCGUGGGUCACGUGAUUCCCGCGGGAUGGGAGUCAUUUUUUAAUUAAUCCCUUGAUCGGGACAGGACGGGAAAAAAAGCAACGGGAGUGGGCAGGAGCGGGAACAUUAAAAGAUGAUCAUUUUCAGCCGUGUUUAACAACCAGAUGAACAGGUGCGUCCAUUUUUGUAGUCAUCUCUCAGUGAGAGCUAACACUCCUCACCGCGCUAGCAACACAAAAGAACUACAACAGUGGUUUGACUUCCUGUCAGCUGGGAGCGCGGCUGCGCAUUUCUACCCUUCAAGCCAGCAGCGAGGAAACGUAAUUUUGUGACAUUCUGUAGUUUUUCAAUCAUUUCUGGAGUCGUGGCGAAUCAAAUCACCUUACCUGUCUGCCCCUGAUAGGCGAAUAAAGCGCUCGGAUUCAUGCUCGGGUCUUCCCACGUGCUUCAAGAGUAAAGUAAACAAUGAUGGAGGCAUAGAGCAGCUUUGGAGGAGAAACAUCUAGAAGUGUGAACAACCUCUUCAAAAGAGCCCUAAAGACCUACCUUUUUAAUGAAGUCUUUGGUUAGUUUUCCUCUAUGCUUUUACUACCUUGCCUCUUACAUUGCAACUCUAUAUUUUUUAUUUUUUUUAUUUUUUUUUUUAUGCCAAUCUGUGACUGUCAUUCUAUUGCUUUUUUUUUAUUGUUGCUGCUCUUUUUUUACUGUGUACUGUAGCACUUUGAGAUUUUUUGUAAAUGUAAAGUGCAUUACAAAUUAAAUUUAUUAUUAUUAUUAUUAUUAUUAUUAUUAUGGAGUGCUUUGGCUCACACUCGGCGUUUUCUGUGAGUGUUGCAUAACUUUGGGUGAGCACAGACAUGAACGCACUUCAGCCACAUAUUUAUUUAUUCAUUUUUCUAGUUUUAAGUGCUGGUCUUGUACAGGUACUAGUGCAGCUGUAUACACUUAAAUUUUUCAUAGAACUGAAAGCAUACCAUAGCUAUAUCGUGAUAUAUAUCGUUAUCGUGAUAUAAAAUGAUCCAUAUCGUGAUAUACAUUUUUUUCCAUAUCGCCCAGCACUACAUUUACAGCCUCUGUUGCUUAUUUGUGCUGCAGUAGCAAGCAGCAGAAGUCUGCAGAAAACUGGCUGCAAGAAGAGACCAAAAUUUAAGUGCCUUACUGAGUCUACAAAUCUCUGAAAUUCGAAACUGGUUCCAAGUAGGAACUGGUUUUUAAGAACCAAGCCUCGCUUCAAGGUGUAAACAGCCAACCUUCUCGCCAGUGCUGGUUUAUUCUGUUGGUUUCUGACAUACAAAGAGAUGAAUACUUCAAGGUUACCUGAAACCUUGAAAAUGGUUGUAAAGUCAUUUUACCUGCUGAGCAGUGUUAGACUAUUCCUAAACACAUGCAACAAUGUGGAUUUAUGAUCUGUUUAAGCUGUAGCCUCAGGAAAUCGGGCUUUACAACUGUACAGUUUUACACUGAUUAGCGGGAUAUCAUAAAUCCAACUUCCAGUCUUUAUUUCCUUCAAAUUUAUUUCUCUUGUACUGGCUUCAAAUAAAAAUUCAAUAUAAAUUUUUUUGCAUCAGACUAGCUGUCCUCUCACCUCUGAGCAUGGUCAUUCAGGACAGUUUUGAGUUUCCUCAGGAAGGAGAGGUGUGAAUAAAGUAGCUCUGAUUGAUCAAACCUGGCUCUUCAGUGCUGAGCUCACAGUCAGACUGUAGGAGUGCACCCUAAAACCAGAAAAAUCUGCUGUGUUCUGCUAAGUCCGUCACUUUGGAUUACAGGAGUGUUUCUCCAUAGUAUAAAUAUUACACACAUUAGCAAAAUACAGCCGUGAGCUAAUCCUCUCUCCUAAACCCCUCUCCUCAGCGUUUUCAGACACUUAAUCCAGGUGGAUCCGGACACUUUCUGGUUUACUCUGAAUGAGCUGCACUGCCCGUCCUCCUACACGCCGCCUCACCCUGACCUCCAGCCGGUCCGGCUGAGCGGGAUGGGCCGACCAAGAGACGAGUUUUCGGGUAACGUGCUGAAACUGCUGCAGGAGGAGUUUGGCUCGGUCUCUGAGACCAUCAACCAGCCGGGCAGCUAAUGAGGCAGUGAUUGAUGUGACUGAGUGAUCUUUCAAACAGGCGGCUCGCCACCGACUCCGGCAAGUCAAUUAACUGAAGGAAAAUCUGACGAUUGUGCCAAACAGCAGCCAUCAGAUACGGUGUGUGAUAACCUUCAUGGUGCGCACAGUUCUGAUAAGCAGCCCGGCACAAAGGGAACAUGUCAAUGAAGCAUGUCUGCUGCUGUUCGCUCUCCUGCUGCAGGUGUUUGAACUUCAGACGGCUCUUUUAAAUGAGGAGACAUGCAGUGACAGAGCUGAUCUUUUUAUUUAACCUGACAGAUCUGAUGGAGAGGUGCCUUUUUCUGUGUUGUGUUGAUCUUAAUGUUAUGUUUUAUUUUCUGAAAAGAUUUAUAUUCAGCACUCAGUUCAAGGUAAAUCUGUGAAAAUAAAAACUUUAAACAGAAUAUCCUGGAUGAAGGGAUUGUUCCUCACCUUUGGACAUUUAUUAAACAACUAAAACACAACAUGA